CGGUGCUUUAGUACCGUCAGCCUCGCCGCGGAGCUUGGACGCCCGGAAUAGUUUUCCCGCUGUUUGAGAGAUUUUUCUGAUCCGGACGGCCAGUGCUCGCGUAACGAGAGAACAAGAUCUUGCCGAUUCCGCGGUACACGUCGCGCUUUUCUCUCGGUUAACCGCGCGAGAUCUCGUCUCUCGGCAAGCAGUUCCUCGAUUGUUCCUCGUCAGGGAACUGCUGGAACCGCGCGAAUCUUCUCCCCGAGAAGGAUUCAGGUGAAACGAGGAUGGAGGUGGACACGGAGAACGUCGGGAAGGACGACGCUCUGAUGAGGUCCAACGGCGAUGGCGUCGCCCACAACAACAACGAGGCGCCCACCGUCGAGGAGACUUACGAGAUCACUCACACCAAGCGCAAGACCAUUCGCACCAGCUACACGAUCCAAGAAACUUCCUCGUCGACCAAGACAACCACCAUGACCACAGCAGCCAAACUGUACGGCAAGGAUCUGAGCGAGUACGAUGACAUUGACGUGGAUAAGUUAUUGGCAGAACUCACGCCAGAAGAACUCAAUAUGCUGGCCAAGGAAGUGGACCCUGACGACAGCUUUAUGCCACCUUCCCAGCGUUGCAGUUACGAGUGCAACAAGAGUCCUACAGGGCCACUGAAUCGAAAGAAACUCAUUGAGCACAUCAACAAGCAAGCUCUGGAAACGCCAGAUAUUCCAGAACUGAAACCGUACGUGCCUGGUGUGGUCAGAGGCAAAAAAUGGGUACCUCCGCCACAAGAAAACAUAAAAGAAAAGGAGGCGGAUGAACAGAUUGCGAUAGAUCUUGGCGACGAGUACGAGCAAGCGCUCUCGGCCGCCACCCAAGAAGAAAUCAUUGAUCUUGCUGCUAUUCUUGGAUUCCAUUCCAUGAUGAAUCAAGAUCAGUAUCACGCGUCUCUCCUGAAUUCUGGACAACCGGUCGGACUCGGCUGGGACGGAGUUACGAAAGCUAGUCAACCAAAAGUUUAUCCGAUGGAACCGCCUAAUGACACGGAUGUUGACGCUACCAUCAAACAAGUGCGAGACGACGACUCGGCUCUGACUGACUUAAAUUGGAACAAUAUCAAAAAUAUUUCAGAUGAAAAGUUCAUACAGUUGUUCGAAGGUCUGGAAAUAAACACACAUCUCGAAUCAUUAAGUUUAACCAACGUUGGACUCAACGACAAAACUGCACAACGGUUGGCUGAUGCUAUCGAAAAGAAUUCGACACUCAGAGUGCUCAACGUGGAGACGAACUUUAUAAGCCCACCUGUGAUAGUGAAGCUGAUCAGAUCUCUUCUCAAAACGAAGUCUAUCGAAGAAUUCCGAUGUUCGAAUCAGAGGUCGCAAGUGCUGGGUAACAAAAUCGAAAUGGAGAUCACACAAUUGGUAGAACAAAAUCCGACGUUGUUGCGACUCGGGUUGCAUCUAGAAUUUAAUGACGCUAGACAUCGCGUCGCCGCACAUCUGCAACGCAACAUUGACAGGAUACGGAAAGAUCUAACGCUGCGGCUACAGUUCCGAUUCUUUAACAUGAACCACAGGAAACCUGCCUUGAUUCAAUGAAAGAUCGCCUGGGCCGCAUGGGAAGAGCUUCCCGCAACUACACCAUCGGCUGGGCCAUGCACUGAUGAUGAUCACCACGAUGAUGGCUACCGACGACGGAGAUGGAGACGAUAAUCAUCGCCCCCGGGAUGAUCGCGCGUGAUUCUCUCGCUGCACCAAUAAGCGCACCUUGUAAAAGGAUCGCGUACACACAUACACACACACACACACACAUUCGCACACAUUCACAUUCACACAAAAACAGCACAAGUCAAAUUCUUAGAUCCUCGUGGGAUCUUCUUGUUACACUUGAUUAUCUCGCAUCGUUUCCUCGGACGAUUUACAUAAUAGAUACUCGUACGAGACGAAUGCGGCGGGCAACGACCCGGGGAAAACUCUCUCACAUGACAACUUACACACUUGGAUGUCUCUUUGUUGUUCUUGAAUAAAAAAUCACAUAUAUAUAUAUACGCAGUUUUAGAUGUGUAUCGCGAAGUUGUAUCGCGCGAAGAAUAUCGGAUAAGACACGAUCGCGUGUCCCGCUCUUCUCUAAAAAAAAAAAAAAAAAAAAAAAAAACAACGACGCGAUCUUGUGGCGCUCAUGUAUGAUGUAAUAAAAAUUCAAGCUGCCGUACACACAAAAAAAAACGUGACACGUACCGCCUGUAAUGUUAAUGAUUUAAGUAACACAUAUAUAAAUACAUAGUGUAUGUGUCGAGAUCGACACCCAACCGUCGAUUCGUCGGAGAUGAGUUUUUUCGUCGUUUUUUCCGCGACGCGGAAAAUAACGUGAAAAAGAAAUCGAAAGGACAAUUUUUUUUUUUUUUUUUUUUUUUAGACUAGUUAACAACGGCAAAUACUCGAUUCCCGUUUGUCGCUUCCGAAAACGACCAUCUAACCGGAUUAUUUAAAUAUUUAUAUACGGAAGAAGGGGAGUUCUCUCUUUAAUUAAUUCGCGACCAAAUUUUCGUCCGCGUGCACGCGCGCCGAACGAUCGGGCGAUAAAAUACAUCGCUAUAUUGUUUUUCGAUUGCGUUUUCACACCCGCGAUUAUUUUCUCAAAUGUGUCGCUUUUUUUCUACACACACGCGCGCGCGAUUUCCAAUUUAAAGAGAAAUAAAUCACGUUUCUCCGAUUAACAUAGUCCGAGCACAAAUCUCGUGACGACGAAACGAGCGACGAACUUUGACCCGAUCGUUCCGCUCGGCGUGCGCGAGAUAUCGCUAUAACAAUAUUUCUAUAAGGUACUAACUUCGUUGUUUAAAUUAAUAUAAUUUUAAUCGUAUAGAGCUUAAAUAAAUAAAUAUAUAUAUAUAUGUAUACAAACCACAGUCACCUGUAAAUAUUGUCUUCGAUGUCGUUUCUAAUCGAUCAAAAUGAAACCUACGUGUGUUACAAAAAAAACCGGAGGAGAGAAUGUUAGGAUUUUAUUGACGCGCGCGCGCGAGAGUAAAGGGUGAGAGCGUAAUUGUCUCUGUGUGCAUGCGCGUGCGGAUGAGAGGGAGAGAAAGGAACGGAAGUGCGUGAGGGGAUAAUUACGCGGUUGAAGUCUUUAAAAAUCGGAUUCGCACAUACACGUCGAUUGUUUACCGUUUGUGUGUUUCGAAAACCAAAAGAAUUUCCAGACUCGAGAGAAGUGUCUUCUGCGCCGUAAACAUUGAGUUUGAAAAAAGAAAUUAAGUCGAGAGAGACACGAAUACUGGAAUUUAUGCGUCACUUAACGAACGUGUAACGAUUUUCGAUCUAUUGAGAAAUUCCGAUAAAUCGCGACGUGUUUUUUUAUAUUGUAGAAAUUUUAAUAAUUUGACAUGCGCGCGCAGUGUUUUUGUUUUUUUUUUUUAGUACAGCACGUAGUUGCGCAAAGGCGACAAGAAAAAAACAAAACAAGUUAGAAAUAUUGUGGUAGAGCUAUUUUUGUCUCGCGGCCUUCCGAAAAUGCCAAGUCCAACGUGUAUCGUACGCAUAAUACGCACUUUUCUCUGUCACACGUAUCGCAAUUUUAAAUAUUACGCAAGUAUACACGUACAUGACACAUACAUACACACACAUACACGCGAAAACUCAAAAUGCACGCGCACGAUCGAAGCCUUGCUGCUAGCCUUAUCUCUGUAACACGAGGUUUAAAUAAACUAAAUGCUAAACGAUA